AUGGACUGGAAACUGGCCAACGUGGUCCCUGUAUUAAAGAAGGAUAAUAAAAAAUAUGCCGAGAACUACAGGCCAAUCUCGUUACUGUGCCUGGUUUCCAAGGUGAUGGAACGCUGCGUGUUCAAUUCAACCAAAGACCACGUGUACGGUCUGAUCGAGAGCUCACAACACGGUUUCAUAACGGUCGUGCGUGACGCAGUUGGUAGAGGUACUCGACUACAUCGGCCCCAACUCGACAACGGGGGUCAGGUUGAUGUUAUCCACAUUGAUAUGUCGAAGGCUUUUGACAAAGUGACUCAUCGCAAACUACACAGGAAGCUGCGUGAUUACGGUUUCAGCGGAAAGCUUCUGGUCUGGCUGGAGUCCUACCUCCACGAUCGGAUGCAACUUGCCAACUCUAGCUAA